AUGUAUGCAGGAGCUGUCUUGGAAACAUAUACAAACUUUGGUGAAGAAUAUGCUAAAGAACACAUCCCUGGAGCGACCCACUUCAAUGUUGAUGUAGCUUACUAUCCCAGCCAGUAUAUUCGCUUUGAUCUUUAUCCCCCAGAAAUGUUUGAGAAAUAUGUUCAAUUGCUUGGUAUAAAUGAAGGAGAUCAUGUGGUUAUCUAUUCGAGAGGUGCAAUGGGUGGAAUGAUUUGGGCUGCACGAGCCUGGUGGACUUUCAAGGUAUGCACUGUUGGGUAG